CUCAAAAUCCAAAACUCUGAGCUCCACCUUUCUAUCCUAUGUAGCUUCUCUUGCCGCCAUUUCACCAUUUGUCUGACUCCAAAUAACUUUGCUCUUAUUCAUCCAUUCUUCAUACAAUGGCAUACGUCUCGAGUCCCAGUAGCCCUCUGGCGGUAGAAGACAUCCCCGAAUACACGAGCCCUAGCAUCGUCACCAGUAACAAGCGCGUUAGCGACUACGAGUUCCCAGCAACAGCCAUCAAAGUAAAUUCACCCUACCAAUCCUACCUCAAACAUUCCUUCACACAGCAUGCUUGCAGAGCCAACAGCAACCCAAUGACACCACAGCUCCAAAAGAUAGAUUCCUAUGUCAACAAGUACAAUGCUCAUACGAACAGUAGCAAAAGUUUACAUUUCAUCACCAUCCCUACAGUCUCCAUCAUUCCACAUAAAAAGUCGGGUGCACCAUACUAUGAAUCGAAUAUGGACAGCCCGAUCUCGCCGCUGGUCUCGCCUCCACCUCCUUAUCUCCACUCGGAUCACGGAGGCAACGGCAUUUAUAGUCACGAUGUUAAGCGGUGGCCAGGCGAAGCGACCGUAAAUGUGCCGCACCCUCUACCGGCUAAGAUAUUGACCCCACAAGAGGCCGGUCCUACCGUGGUUGAAUAUCCUACGAGCCCUGAAAACCCGCCUCUAACCGCUCGAGCAGUUCACUUGCCGGAGACUAAUGAGACGACUACGCUGUACGACCUUCAAAUACCUGGGAGCGUGCAUCAUAAUGCCCCUUUGACGAGAAAUGUCUCAGCGUGCGCUCCAUUAAGUCCGUAUCCUACAUAUUGGGAAGACGUGUGCCAAUCCAAGGCGCAUCGGAUCUUCCUGCCGGUAGGAAUGGUUCUCCUCGGCUCGGCCAUCUUGGUUCUGAUCAUGCAGAUCUUUAUGGAGUGGCUCGUUGUGCUGCCAGCACUGGGUUUUCUGAUGUUUGGGAUUCAUUUCGGGAGAUAUUGUUGGAAGAGGCAUCGGUUCCUGAAACGACAGGAGGAGAAUAAGGCCCUUGCCUCUGUCCCUACGCAAGUCGGGCCGAACAAGGUCGUGUCCUCCCUAUGCAACAAACACCUAGAAACCGACACGUGCUCGGGGCCAUAUCGCCCAUCUCAUGACUAUCCCACUAACCACAUCAACGUCGCCUGGCGCGACCGCCCACAACGCCAUGUCCGCUUCCAGGAACCCAAAAUCGUCUCGUCAGUGAAGCUGGACCAGCAACCAUGUAAGCAGGUCGAUGCCCCGCAGGCAAACACAAGGGCGUACCAACAGCAGCCAACAUAUUCCUUAACGGUCAGCCCCGAUAGCCGUCAGUUGGUCAGCAACGCUAGUCCAUACUAUCAGAACCCCCGGUUCCUUUCUCCUAUGGACUCGCCUCAGACACCGCCCCCAGCCUACUUCCUGAGAAAUAUCUCCUUGUCCUUGCCCGAGAUCGAUUCUAUUGGUGACCUGGUCAGCGAGUUUGAAGUUGACCUUACUACCAUUGAGUACUGAACUUUGUUUCAUACGCGAAUUCGAGCUGCUUUGUGAGCCGCGAUACGAACACCUGCACAGAAUGAGAGGGGAGGCUGACUAUCAGCAAUCCACAAGGGUGACAUCCAAGAAAACCAUCCAUUGGCACUACUGCAUUAACUGCGUCUAUUCUUUAAUCAUACAAUCUCUGCUACGCUCCUGGCGAGUGAUAAACACUUCCAUCCUCUUCAUAAUAGCACAUACAAGUGAAG